CAUGACAAUGCCACAAGCCAUACUGCUCGUUCUGUGCGUGAUUUCCUGCAAGACAGGAAUGUCAAUGUUCUGCCAUAGCUAGCGAAGAGCCCGGAUAUCAAUCCCAUUGAGCACGCCUGAGACCUGUUGGAUUGGAGGGUGAGGGCUAGGGCCAUUCCCCCCAGAAAUGUCCGGGAACUUGCAGGUGCCUUGGUAGAAGAGUGGGGUGACAUCUCACAGCAAGAACUAGCAAAUCUGGUGCAGUCCAUGAGGGGGAGAUUCAAUGCAGUACUUAAUGCAGCUGGUGGCCACACCAGAUACUGACUGUUACUUUUGAUUUUGAUCUCCUCCCCCCCUUUUUUCAGGGACACAUUAUUCCAUAUCUGUUAGUCACAUAUCUGUGGAACCUUUUCAGUUUAUGUCUCAGUUGUUGUAUCAGCAUCCUGGAGUCGCCAGCAUCCUGGAGUUGCCUCUUCACUGUUGACGUUGAGACUGGUGUUUUGUGGGUACUAUUUAAUGAAGCUUCCAGUUGAGGACUUGUGAGGCAUCUGUUUCUCAAACUAGACACUAAUGUACUUGUCCACUUGCUCAGUUGUGCCCCGGGGCCUCCUACUCCACCUUCUAUUCUGGUUAGAGCCAGUUUGUGCUGUUCUGUGAAGGGAGUAGUACACAGCUUUGUACGAGAUCUUCAGUUUCUUGCCAAUUUCUCACUUGGAAUAGCCUUCAUUUCUCAGAACAAGAAUAGACUGACGAAUUUCAGAAGAAAGUCUUUGUUUCUAGCCAUUUUGAGCCUGUAAUCGAACCCACAAAUGCAAAUGCUCCAGAUACUCAACUAGUCUAAAUAAUGCACGUUUUAUUGCUUCUUUAAAUCAGAACAACAGUUUUCAGCUGUGCUAACAUAAUUGCAAAAGGGUUUUCUAAUGAUCAAUUAGCCGUUUAAAAUGAUAAACUCUGAUUAGUUAACACAACGUGCCAUUGGAACCCAGGAGUGAUGGUUGCUGAUAAUGGGCCUCUGAACGCCUAUGGAGAUAUUCAAUUAAAAAUGUGUCAUUUCCAGCUACAAUAGUUAUUUACAACAUUAACAAUGUCUACACUGUAUUUCUGAUCAAUUUGAUGUUAUUUUAAUAGACAAAAAAUUUGCUUUUCUUAUGUAAAUGUGAAAUUCCAUUUUUUUUAUAUACAUUUGCUAACAUUUCUAAAAAACUCUUUUUGCUUUAUCAUUAUGGAGUAUUGUGUGUCGAUUGAUGAGGGGGAAAAAACAAUUUAAUCCAUUUUAGAAUAAGGAUGUAAAAUUCCAGGGGUCUGGAUACUUUCCUAAUGCACUGUAUAUUGAAUGUCUUGUAAAUAGUACUGGCAAGGAAUUCAUUGUAAUUCUACUGCAUUCAUUAGCUUCCUUUCAACUCAUUGUUUCUCUUUUAGCCCUGAGGGAUAAUAAAACCUCUUUCAGUUGUACAAAAUUUUACACAUCUCCUCUCAGUUGGCCUCAAAUAAUAACACUCACACUCACAGCUGCACUGCCAGAGCCAGCUGCUGCACAGAGCUGUAGAAGCAGGUGAUUGGCCUUAUUUGGAGCUAGCCUGGGUCAUGUGACCACAAAAUGGUGGAAGCUGUUAGCUUUUUCUAAGCUGAGCAUCUCUACCAAGAGCCUGGGAGGAAGAGAGAAAAAGUGUGAGAUACAGCUGAAAUACAUCCAUGCUCUAAGACAGAGAAGGACAGAGAUUCCUGUGCCCCAGUAGUGGGAUGGACCUGGCGUCUCACAGUAAGACGACCUCCGAGGGGGCCGAGGGCAGACCAGCCCCUCCCAAUUCGCUGCCCCUGCAGGGUGCUCCAGGUGGCCCGUCCCAGAGGAAGAAGCUCUCCGCCCCAUGUAUCAGCCUCUCAUUGGACCAGAGCGAGGACGACGCCCUAGAGACGCCCGACGACCUUGACAUUAACGUGGACGACCUGGACACACCCGAUGACGCAGACUAUCUGGACUACACCGACAAUGAGCUGGACUGGGAGGAACCCCCAACAGGGGAGAAGGAGCCGUGCGAGCCGAUUCCCACAUGUAGCACGGAGGAGGAGCGUCGGGAUGGGAAGCUGUGUAGGGCAGUGGUCAUCGGAGAGCAGGAACACCGCAUUAACAUGGAGAUCAUUGAGCCCUACCAGAGAGUUAUCUCCCAUGGAGGGUACUAUGGAAAUGGAGUGAACGCCAUCAUAGUGUUUGCGGCGUGUUUCCUCCCUGACAGCGACAGUGAGGACUACCAUGAAAUCAUGGAGCAUCUCUUCCUGUAUGUGAUCAGCACGUUGGAGCUGAUGGUGGCGGAAGACUAUAUGAUCAUCUACUUGAACGGAGCCACGCCCCACAGGAGGAUGCCUGGACUGGGCUGGCUCAAGAAGUGUUACCAGAUGAUUGACAGGAGGCUCAGGAAGAAUUUGAAAUCCUUCAUCAUCGUCCACCCGUCCUGGUUUAUACGGACCGUACUAGCCCUCACUCGGCCCUUCAUCAGCACCAAGUUCAGCAAUAAGAUCAAGUAUGUGAACAGCCUGGCUGAGCUGCAGGAACUCAUCCCCAUGGAACACGUCCACAUCCCAGAGUGCAUCAUUAGUCUUGACGAGGAGCUGAAGGAAGCGGCGGUGAGCUCAACAGUGAGCAGUUUCCUCCAGGGACCCGAGCCGACGCCGGGGAGACCUGAGUGAAGCCGAUAAAACCAACGCGAACAACUCCUAGACAAAGUGGCAUUCAACAACGGUGGAAAUGAAUGCUCGUCUCGAAAUGGAAUGUCACGUUGUUUGAAAACUCAUGAUUGUCUUGUGUGCUGGAUGCAGUAAAAACAGAUGUACUGUAAGGUCUAUUCCCGUGUGUUUGUGCGACGUGGAGUCGACUAUGAAGACUCGCCAUAUUCCCUGUUAGCACUCAGACGUAGAUCCUAUGAAGACCACUGUAAAAUCCAUCUAUAACACCUCUGACAGACCAGAGAUGAGCAUGUGGGGUUUCUUAAUGCUGGUCUUUGGGACCCACAGGUUGCACUGUUUUGUUUCUUCCCAGCACUAACGUACCUGGUAGCACACCAUGGUCUUGAUGAUGAGUUGAAUAAUCAGGUGUGUUAGUGCUGGGUUGGAACAAAAAUGUGCACUCAUGCAGGUUGCCCAGGACCAGUAUUAAUAAUCCCCACGAUGAGACUACUGGGAUACUUGACAGUAAAUCCACAUUACCAUGAUAGUUUGUGAAGGACAUAAAUAUGAUGUGGUCACUCACAGUGCAGUACACACGUCCAUUCAAAGUUUUAAUGUUGUACUUUGGUAAUAAUGCAUGAGAAGUGGUGAAGCACUAAUAUUGUCCAUCUUGGAUUUAGACAAGUCAUUAUGUCCUUGAGACAUCACAUCAAUGACGGUACGUCGAAAUCAAUCUCACAUAUCUGUGACAUGCUAAAAUCCAAUCCCCUUAGGAAACGACCAAGUAACGCGUCUCAUCAAUCUUUUUUUACAUCUGAAAAUCAUUUGGAUCUUGAUGAGAGUGUUGGACAGAUAAAUCCCUAGAUGUUUUCACUUUGAAUCAAUCUGACGAACAGUGGAUGACAAGAGUAACCACGGAAAUAUAAUGAAUUAUAUUUGUGUGUAACUAAGUGAAUGUGUGAAAACAAGCUAUCAUUACAUUGUGAGAGCAUGUCUUUUCAGGUCCUGUGAGAGUCGAGUCUGAUGUGUGUGUGUGUGUGUAUGUGCGUGUGUCCUGUCAGUGUGUUUCCGUCAGACAUAUUCACCAUCUAGGGCUCUUGUCUCUGCACCAAACAGGAUAUGACCUCAAGUGGAGGACAGAGAGAGAGAGAAGCGGGGGUCUCUGUGUAAAGCACAAUAUCGCGUACUGUGUGUGUCAGUGUGUGUGCGUGUUCCAAUGCAUGCUUCCUCAGAUGCUCGGUGGCUCUUUGACCCAGGGCUCUUCUACAUUGUGUGUAAAAUGUGUUAUAUGAUGGAACACUAUAUCAAUAAAUACAACUUUUACUCCGA